CCCAGAGCCAGCGGCGGGAGGGCAGCCAGAGCAGGUGGAGGGCUGGUGGCGGAGGGGCUGCCAUGGCUCUGCCUCGGGGGCCAGAGCACCAACUCUCACCUCUCCCCUCCUUGCCUGCCCUGGAUGCCUGCCAGGCUUCAGCCUUUGCCGGGCCCCCCGCCUGACCAGUCUCCCCUCCCCGUCCAGUUGGGAUUUGGGGGCUGAGCUGUCUGGGGUCCCAGGGCCAAUGCAGUGCCGGCUCCUCCGGGGCCUGGCCGGGGUCCUCUUCAUGCUUCUAUGCAUGGGGCUCCUCUCCCUUCGGUACCACUUGAGGCUGUCCCCGAAGCGCGUGCAGGACAGCCCUGGGCUGAGCCCAGCGUCCCCUUGGCCUCCUGAGCUGCAGCUGAAGGAUGUGUUCAUCGCAGUCAAGACGACUCGGACCUUCCACCACUCCCGCUUGGAGCUGCUGCUUGACACGUGGGUCUCCAGGACCAGGGAACAGACGUUCAUCUUUACUGACAGCCCGGAUGAAGGCCUCCAAGAGAGACUGGGGCCCCACCUCGUGGUCACCAACUGCUCUGCGGAGCAUAGCCACCCUGCCCUGUCCUGCAAGAUGGCUGCUGAGUUUGAUGCCUUUUUGGCCAGUGGGCUGCGGUGGUUCUGCCAUGUGGAUGAUGACAACUACGUGAACCCAAGGGCGCUGCUGAAGCUGCUGAAAGCCUUCCCCCAGACCCUUGAUGUCUACAUAGGCCGGCCCAGCCUGAACCGGCCUAUCCACGCUUCUGAGCCACGGCCGCACAACCGCACGAGGCUGGUACAAUUCUGGUUCGCCACUGGGGGUGCCGGCUUUUGCAUCAACCGCAAACUGGCUUUGAAGAUGGCCCCGUGGGCCAGUGGCUCCCGCUUCGUGGAUACAUCUGCCCUCAUCCGGCUGCCCGAUGACUGUACCGUGGGUUACAUCAUUGAGUGUAAGCUGGGCGGCCACCUGCAGUCCAGUCCCCUCUUCCACUCCCACCUGGAGACCCUGCAGCUGCUGGGGCCUGCUCAGCUCCUGACGCAGGUCACCCUCAGCUAUGGCGUCUUUGAGGGGAAGCUCAACGUCAUUAAACUACAGGGUCCCUUCUCUCCUGAAGAGGACCCCUCCAGGUUUCGCUCCCUACAUUGUCUCCUCUACCCAGACACUCCCUGGUGCCCACAGCUGGUGGCCCGAUGAACCCUGAACUGCUUGGCAACGGCCUCUGGUUGUUCCUCGCCUCCCAAGGCAGCCCUGAGGGCCUGUGGCAAGUGCUCUGGGGUGGGCAGUCCCUGGCAGGACCUCUGAGUGGUGGGCAAGCCCAAGAUUGGAUGGCGGCUGGUGGUGAAGGCAUCCCAGGCCCCUGAGAGGUGGGCUGGACAGCCCAGGGACAGGUGAGGGCCAGAGAGGUCCCAGGGGUUGGGUUCCCAUGGGCCCUGAGUGGCUAAAUGAAAAAGGGUGGGGGACAUUAAGCUGGGCUGAAGCUCAGGGGUCCUAACCCGGAAGAGGUUAGGCCCCUGGGUGGCGUCUGCCCCUACCCCGACCUCUGGUCUCUCAGUCACCCCCCCUGGGGUCAAGCACUGGGCCACCUACUCCUGGAUCCCUUGACUGGGUCUCCAACCACUGAGGGACCCAGGUGGAAAGGUCUCAGAACACAGAUAUUGUUGUUGCUGACCAGUUGCCAGUUCCUUGCUCCCCACUCCUUGCUAACAGAGCCCGAUUUUGGUUGGGGUAUCAGCCUGGCCAGACCAGAUGAUGGCUAAUAAUGGGCCCCAGCCAACAUGGACGAUCGUUUUGUUCACUUUCCCAGCCUCCCUUGCUGUUAGGAUCUACUAUGUGUCCCAGCUCUGGCAGGAGCCAGAGCUCAGUCUGUUAGUGUAAACUAAGCAAAGCCAAUAGAGAGGAUUCUGGGAAAGUUUGCAGCUCCAUACUGUCUCCCUGCUGUGAAUGAGGGUGUGAUGUCUGGAUCUGGGGCAGCCACCUUGCUGCCAUGAAGGAAAGGUCAAGACAAUCAUCUAUCUACACCUGUCCUUUCCUGCAUCUGGUUCUGUAAGAGAAUUAAACCCUUAUUUGUUUAAGCCUC